CAGCAUGCAGCAGAGGGCGGGGAGCUGUCGGAGCGCAGCAGAGAGCCAACCUACAUGCUUAUUGUGUAAAUCUUUUAAAAGCAAUUAGCCGCAGCAUCAUCAAAACCAUCCGUGUGUCCGAGUGAAACACUUAAUAUCUGAAAGAAGCGUGCUGAAGUAGGCCAAGAGCGUGCGGUACGUCCAAGUGAGCGUGUUCUCUCCUCGUCCUCAGCAGGAUCCGACACCAUCCCCACCAUGACUGACAGGAAAGCUGUGAUCAAAAACGCAGACAUGUCCGAGGACAUGCAGCAGGACGCCGUGGACUGUGCCACUCAGGCCAUGGAGAAGUACAACAUAGAGAAGGACAUUGCAGCGUACAUCAAGAAGGAGUUUGACAAGAAGUACAACCCAACCUGGCAUUGCAUCGUUGGAAGGAACUUCGGCAGCUACGUGACCCACGAGACGAAGCAUUUCAUUUACUUUUACUUGGGCCAAGUGGCCAUUUUGCUCUUCAAGUCUGGCUGAGGGGUUUCUGAGAGGUGUUGAGGAGUUCUUCUCCCUGAACCGUACUCGGAAAUGCACUGGUGGCUGAUGUCUCCCAUACACUAAUAAUGACAUACCAUAAUGAUGCAAACCGGCCGUGCGCAGUUGCAUGGACUAUACACUAUUUAAUAUGUAUGUUACAGUAAGUUUACUUUUCGAUAGUUGCCAUUUGAAAGCAACUGAAGUAGUUUUUGUUAAUGCUGUUAAAUUCUCAGUUGUAAAAGAUUCAACGUGGCCCUUGAUUGUAUAAUAAAGGAAAGCUUAGAAUGUAGUGGUGCAUCUGCUUUCCUUCACAAGUGGCAUUGCCAGACCCUGUUGUAUGAGACUCCAUCUGUUGGUUUAGAUGGUAAAAUCGUACUGUGUGCACCAGUUUUAACAAUUCAUUAUCUAAACAAUGUUAAGAUUUAAAGGAGAGUCAUGAAAAGAAGCUGGUUAAGAAGGCUCUUAUCCUUUAACACGAUGAAUCCACUCACAGCCUCCGUAGGAUACAAGGAGAUCUAAAGAUAGUUUAAUCUGACUGCAUGAGUUUAGUUUAGAGAUCCUGUUCUAACAUAAAGCAGUUAUGUUGUCUAAGUUGGCAAAGCCUUUCUAAUAUUUAUGAGUUUAGAGAUGAAGAAAGUUAGUUGGCAAAGCCUUUUAAUAUUUAUGAGUUUAGAAAUUAAGAGAGCUCCCACAGGUUAAAUUUUAGCAGCCACUAGAAACAGUCAGAACUUGAAACCCACUUGACAUUUAGGAACUAACCCAGGCCAGUGCAGGUUUUUCCAGGGCUAUGACAUGAAGUGAUAUAGUUUAUCAACUCACAAAUUUUCACUGUGAAGGAUGAAGGAGCAAAUAACGCUCACAUACACAAACCUUUGCCUGUAACAUUCAAGUAAUAACAAUACAGGCUGGUUACCAAACUUUCCCAACUCACCUACCUAGAUUUCAGUCAUACAGUUGUGUUUUUGCAUGUUUGGAAGAUAAUACUGCGGUUUCUUUAACAUCUCACUGUAUGUGAACGAAAUGAUUUGUAUUAUUUAACUUUCACUUUUGAGUGUGUAGAUAUUUGAUUGAGCUGAUAUGUGUCUGUUUUCAGAGAUCGCUAUGGAGCGCCGUUGGGAAGGUGAUUCAGAUAAAACACCUGAUGACAGAUGGUUGUCGUCUAAUGCGGCUUGUUAUGAUUUCGAGUUGCAUCAACCCUUACAUAUAUAUAUUUUCUCGUGCAAUGCUAGUCAACUGCCAGACACAUGAAAGACAAGGCAUUUAGAGUUGUGACUUGAACGGCUGCGAGUAGGUGUAUUUCUUGUCUAGCACACCGAUUCUGGGUUUUCAUUUUGUCAUGUCAAUAUUAAUAUAAUUAGUUUAAUGCACAAUGUCUUGUUGAUGAUGAAGAGUGUUGUUUGGGAGGGCAGAUUGGAAGGAGUUGGUUCAUGAAGUUGAUGAUGCCACGCAUUUCCUGCAGUGUGUAAGACUGAAUGUUUACUCGGUUGUUCUCGCAUUGUCCAGCAGUGGGUGAAAUGUGUAUCUCAAGUGUUUGCUUGGAUUGACAUUGUUUUUGAGGGAAGUCUUCCUAACUAUUGUCAAUGUAAACUGUUUUAGUAUUGUUUCCUCUGGCAUGUAUUUUUGCUGUGUUUAUGUAGGAGCCGUUCCAAUGCUGUUAAAUUUGCACAAAACGUGUGCCUGUCAUUGCUCUCAACUGUAACCGGCUUGAGUACAAUUGCACUUCAUUAGAGUUAUCCAGUAGGUUGCUACAGAACCAAAAUCGUAUAAACUCGAUAAAAUAAAAAUUACUUGUUGACUUAUUACACUGUGGCCUUUUUUUCCUCCCACAUUGAAUAGUCGCCUGUUAACAUGAACACUGCGUAAAAGGGAGUUGUUGAUGUACACUUUACUUUGGAGCAGCCAGUAUCGCCACCAGUCUAUUAUGUCACAACAAAACAUUCACUCCAGAGUAUGACUGAAUUAGACCUAAGCAGUUAAAAAAAUCUUAUUUUAAUGUGUUUAUAUGAAUUCAAGCCAAAACUUAUUCAAAAAUGCUCUUGACUAAAACUCUGCCAUGUGACUGAGGAAACACACUCAUAAUGUAUUACGAG